AUGAAGUAUCUCGACCUCUGCGCCCUCCACGAGGUCAACCUCGCCCUCAACUUCGACACGCAAGACUCGGCCAUUAUCGGAGGAUGCGAUGUCUGGACGAUAAAGGCGGCCGGCAGCGAUAAGAAGCUGUACAAGCGCAUUGAGAGGACGCUCGAGGAGCGGCACAAAGAGCUGCUCGCCGCCGUCGCCGAUCUGCCUAAACAAUCGGCCGCACAAUUCGGAGACGAGCUCAAUAUCGCACGGGACACACCCUUUGGAAGCUUCAAUGAGGCGUCGAACCGACAUACUUUUGCGUACCUGAUCGCGACGCUGAAUGCUACGCACAUCGACUAUGACUUCGCAAACACACUGAAUCCCGACGAGUUCCGCCGCGAGACGCAGAAGAGCUUCAUGCACAGAAUCGACACAACAAUGUACUACCUCCGCCCGCAAGUCUACUCUGCAGGACUGCCCGCCGGCGCCGUUACCCCGCUCGGGUCCCCGAUAUGGAGUCCCCGCUCCUGGCAACUGGUGGACAGUGAAAUGGACAUGGCGAACUGCGAGUACUACGCCUGGGAGCCUUCGGAUGAUCCGUUCGCCGACGACGGUGCGAUAUGGAGCCACCACUUCUUCCUCUACAACAAGGAGCGCAAGCGUGUGUGCUACUUCUACCUCCGCGGCGUCUCCGCACUAUCGAACAGCCCAAGCGUGCCUACAUCCCUCAUCUCGCGCUUCAAGCAGAGCAAGUACGAGUCUUCCGCCAACGCUGGGAGUAGGAAGCGCGCAGAGUACUGGCUUGGUGAUCGUGCCAGGCGCGGACUUGAGGCGUACGGUGAGAGCGACGAACUCGAUAAUAUGGUUAUCGACCACCCGGGCGAUAUCGUCGAUGCGGAAGAGGAGGAGUAUCUACCGGCGAGAGAAACAAGCCUCGAUGCGGACUAUUGGUCGAGCGAGGAAGACACUGAUGUUGAGAGCUUGAAGGAGAGGGAGAAGAGUACCGUCCGGCGGAUGAGCGAGCAUAUGAUGGAGAGGAUGGAGCUCUAA